AGGGAGAUUUUUUUUUUUGUUUAAAAGUGGAUAUAGUUAAAACCAAACCACAUACCAAAAAGAGAGGGAUGAUGGCUAACAAACCCCCGAAACCAGCCCCUCGCAGGAUCUUCCAGGAAAGGUUAAAGAUUACUGCUUUGCCCUUGUACUUUGAAGGUUUUUUGUUAGUCAAGCGGUCAGGAUACCAGGAGUAUAAACAUUAUUGGACAGAGUUGAGAGGAACUACACUUUUCUUUUACACUGACAAAAAAAGUACAAUAUAUUUGGACAAAUUAGACUUAAUAGACCUCACACAUCUCACUGAUCAGAGUUCAACUGAAAAGAAUUGUGCAGAACUCACCCUUGUUUUGCCAAAAGAGGAAGUGCAACUGAAGACAGAGAACACAGAAAGUGGGGAGGAAUGGAGAGGUUUCAUUCUUACCAUAACAGAGCUGUCAGUUCCCCAACAUAUGUCACUCCUACCUGGCCAAGUAAUUAGGCUGCAUGAGGUCCUUGAGAGAGAAAAGAAAAGGAGGACUGAGGCAGAACAACUACCCAGCACGUCUGUGGACAAAGAGAAGGAACCAGCGGAGGAUGAGACGCUGGACCUGAUGCCAGUAUGUUUUUAUGCAGUGUCCCGGAAAGAAGCAACUGAGAUGCUUGAGAAGAACCCUUCGCUGGGAAAUAUGAUUCUGAGGCCUGGCAGUGACCAUAGAAACUACUCCAUCACUAUCAGGCAGGAGAUAGACAUACCAAGAAUCAAGCACUACAAAGUGACAAGCACAGGGAAAAACUACACCAUUGAACUGGAGAAACCUGUGACACUUCCAAACCUUUUCUGCGUCAUUGAUUAUUUUUUGAAAGAGACUGGAGGAAAUUUAAGACCAUUUAUAUAUUCAACUCUUGCUUUCUUUCUGACCCAGGAGGCGGAGGCGGGUAUAUCACUUGAGCCCAGGAAUCUGAUCAAACUGGGCAACACACCACCCACACUGAAGGCCAAGAACCCAACAUGGAAGGGACAAGUGUGAAGUUGGAAGAAAAACCCACACAUCACAUGAUAUAAAAUGAGAAAAGUGCUCCUUCGUGUAUCUUGGUAACUUUAUUUUCAAAAGAUCUUACUUUUAGAGAAUUACCUCUAUAAUCCUGAUCCUGAUUACCAAGUCGUUCACCUGAAUACCAGAAUUGAAACAUUGUAGCAUAAAAUUUCAUUAUCUAAUCAGAAUGAAAUCAAUUCACUGGCAAACCAGACUCUGGUGUGGAGGUGACUCCUAGGGUAUGUGUUCCCAGGCAUGGAGUUUUACUUUCCUAUGCUUCGAUUAUUAACUACAUUUCCUUUAUACAACUUCCACAGCAGAUUCUCUAGUUUUCCUAAAUCCUACCAAUUCCAAUAAAACCUCACUAGGUUUUGUUAAAAUCUGAUUUGACCAGUGUAUCAAAUAUAAUUUUGACUAUCAAAAUGGAAGCUAGAGACAGGAAAUAUACUUGGCAUAAAAUUUCUAUUGGAAAAGGACUUCUCCAUGUUUUUUUGUUACUGGUAAUAAAUGAAAUUUACCCACUUGCAUGUUGUUCUCUGAUAUCUUUUUGCUAGACAAAAUCAACCCAUAACUCCUUCCAAAGAUGACAAAAGGCUACAUCAUCACCUUCAUUCACAAGUACAAUAUAGUAUGAGCCUGAUAUAAACACCCAGAGUUUCUUAAAAACACUAAUCCCUCAGGCACGGACUACAUGUACUCAAAAAUCCCAGGGAUAUUUUUUAAAUGUCUGUAUUGUUUUCAUUAUUGUUUUAGAGACAGUGUCUCACUGUUGCC